UUUUCAAACUACCAAUAGAAAGAAGAAAUCGAACUGAAAAUCUUCAUUUUCAUAAUAUGAAAACUGUCUGCUAAAAACAGUGGAUUGCUCAAAAGCAUAAUCCAGUUCCAAUGAGGUAAAAAGUAAAAGCAUAAAACCGCCAUUAAUUUAAAGCUUUGCUUAUAAUUUCGCCUCUUUGUUUAGUUUACCAUCGUGGGUCUCUUCAACUUCCAUUCACCAUAUUCACUUCAUUUCUAAACCCAAUUUUGAUUCUCCCUUUCUGUUUUUUCACCAUUGACGAUUCAUUCCUUCGAUUGGGUUUUGCUUAAUUUUCCCAUUUCUAGGGAGAUACAGCCCCGUAAUCGGGUUUAAAAUCUGGGUUUUCUCUUUGUUUUUAGCUUAUGAAAUUCCGUGGAAUGAAGUGUUUUUACUAUUUCAAGCGCAAGUCUCGAAGCAAGGGGAAAAUAUCAGCCCCGGAGGAACAUUCAGGGGUUGAUACGGUCACCAAGUUUUCAUCAUGCUCGACAGCUUCGCCGCGGAGUAUACCGGAGUUGUACGAAACGAAAGGUCACUGUUUGCGGGUAUUCUCUUUCUCAGAGCUUAAACAAGCCACUCAUGGUUUUAAUUCGUUGCUUAAGAUUGGCGAAGGCGGCUUUGGGUGUGUCUAUAAAGGUGCGAUCAAGCCUGCUGAUGGAAAAGGUGAACCUGCCGUGGUUGCUAUUAAAAAGCUUAGCAAGAAUGGCUUGCAGUUGCAGGGACAUAAACAAUGGGUGGCUGAAGUUCAAUUUCUCGGUGUCGUCGAGCAUCCGAAUCUCGUCAAGCUCGUAGGAUACUGUGCUGUCAACGGAGAAAGAGAGAUUCAGCGUCUUCUGGUAUACGAGUUUAUGCAAAACAAGAGCUUAGAAGAUCAUCUUUUUGGUCAGGCAUUCCCGACGCUUUCUUGGGAAACAAGAUUACGGAUAAUGCUCGGAGCAGCCGAAGGAUUAGCUUAUCUGCAUGAGGGUUUAGAAGUUCAGGUGAUAUAUCGAGAUUUCAAAGCUUCAAAUGUCUUACUCGAUGAGAACUUCAAUCCAAAGCUUUCGGACUUUGGGCUCGCAAGGGAGGGGCCAAUGGCCGGGCAUACACACGUUUCAACGGCCGUAGUCGGGACUUAUGGUUAUGCAGCUCCUGAUUACAUCGAGACCGGACAUCUUACUGAUAAGAGUGAUGUAUGGAGCUUCGGUGUGGUAUUAUAUGAGAUUCUUACUGGUAGGCGGUCGUUAGAAAGAGGUCGUGCGAAACCGGAGCAGAAACUCUUGAAUUGGGUGAAACUCUUCCCUGUGGACGGUAAGAAGUUCGGGUCAAUAAUGGAUCCUCGACUCGAAAACCGGUUUUCAAUCGGUGCAGCUAGAGACAUUGCCAAGUUAGCAAACAGUUGUUUAUCGAGAAGUCACAAAGACAGGCCGAAGAUGAGCUGUGUGGUAGAUAGACUGAAGCAGAUAAUCCAAGCUCCAAUUGAAGUCUAUGAUGAGGAUCUAGAGAGCCCUGAGGUAUCUGAUACCGAACCGGAAAACAAAUCGAACCAAUCGAAUGUUUCCGAAUCGUGGAAAAGGCGGAUGGCACACCUUGCAAAACUUGGUGAACAUGUAGAAGGUGCAAGUGGGAGGAGAUUGAUGAUGUUGCAGAGGGCCAAAGUGCCUUGAACUUCCCUCAUUUUCUAAUGGUAGAUUAGUCCAUCACUCCAAGUGUUAACUCUACCUGUAUAAAUAUAUAUAUUAUAUAAUUUUCGUGUCCGUUUUACAGUUCAUAAAUGCUAAUUAAUUUAGAGUUCAUAAUUAUUUUCGUAUUUGAGGUUAAA